GCUGCUUGUUGUCAUUUGUUAGCUCUGCGGCUAACUUAGCCGUCCGGUUUUUUCUCUCCAACACACUUUGAUCCAGCAGGAUGUUAGGAUGGAGUGGCGCCCAGUUCUGCCGGACAGCCUGGUGUUGGAGAUCUUCUUGCGUCUGCCCCAUGAUGCUGUGCUGAGAGCUGGUCUGACCUGCCGGCAGUGGCUGGCUGUCUCCAGAGAUGAGUUCUUAUGGAGGGAGCUGUUCUACAGCUACUACCGCAUCCCCCGCGAGGUUCCCCGACACCCAGCGGCCGUGUCGUGGUACAGGGAGUUCAAGCGUCUAUUCGAUUGUAUCCCGUGCGUGGAGGUUCAGACGUUGAGAGAGCACAGUGACCAAGUCCUCCACCUGGCUUUCUCUCACAAGGGUCAUCGGUUCUCCUCCUGCUCCAAAGACUGCACUGUUAAGCUGUGGGACACGGAGCGGCCAGAUGGCAACAUCUCGCUGGUGCACAGUUCCAGUAUGCGGCAGUUCAACUGGGGCUACACCCAGUUCUCCCAGUUCAAUGCUGAUGACAGUCUGCUGCUUGUGUCUGGCGUCUACCUGGGCCCACACCACUCUUCGUCAGGGGAAAUCGCUGUCAUCAGUCUGGAAAAUUACACACUGUUGUCGCGGGUAAGGAACAAGCCGUAUGACGUGUUUGGCUGCUGGCUGAACGAGACCCACCUGAUCUCUGGGAACCUGCACUGGAUAGGCAACAUGACGUCUUGCUCUGUGCUCUGGCUCAAUAAAGCCUUCCAGGAUAUUGAAUCAGAGAACGUCAACGUGGUCAAGCGCCUUUUCAAGAUCCAGAACAUCAAUGCCAGCACCAUCCGCACAGUGAUGGUGGCCCACUGCCAGCGUCACGACAACCCUGACUUGCUGCUGGACUACGAGGCUCAGUCUCAGGCUCAAAGGCAGAAAGGCCCACAGCAGCAGCACCAGCCCCUCCUCUUUGACCUAGGAACCUCUGGCAGCGAGGAAGAAGACGAGGCGGAGGAGGGUGAUGAGUACCAGAAGGAAGUAAGGUCUCACGGCCUGCCCAAUGCUCGCCUUCCCCAGCCCACCUUCUCCGGCCUGGAGCAUGUCAUACAGAGUCGUAAAAAUGUAGGGCGCAGGGAGUUAGAGAUUGAGACCCACGUAGCGAAGAUGAUGGGCAAAGCCCACACGAAGCCCCCCGACUCAAGCCUCAUCGAUCCUUCUGAACCUGGAGACGGAGAGGACAAGACUUACUUACUCUUUACCACCGGCAGCCUUACAUAUUCCCCCCACCAGAUAGGUAUUAAACGGAUCAAGCCCGACCAGAUGACCACAUGUGGUCCUGUCCUUGGGGAGGAGCGGAGUUCAGACGAAUUUUUUGACUCCCUAGACCAUGUCAUAGAUAUCCACGGACACAUCAUCGGUAUGGGACUUUCUCCAGACCACAGGUACCUGUAUGUGAAUAGCCGGGCUUGGCCUGCCGGCUGCGUGAUCUCUGACCCCAUGUGUCCCCCUCCCAUUGCCGAGGAGAUUGACCUGCACGUCAUCGACCUGAAGAGUCUGAGGGAGGAGAGAAGGAGUCUGCGCGCUCACCGAGCCUUCACGCCUAACGAUGAGUGCUUCUUUAUCUUUUUGGACGUCAGCAGAGACUUUGUUGCCAGUGGAGCAGAGGACAAGCACGGCUACAUCUGGGACCGUCACUACAACAUCUGUCUGGCGCGGCUGGCACAUGACGACGUGGUGAACUCAGUGGCGUUCAGCCCUGCUGACCAGGAGCUGCUGCUGUCCGCUAGUGAUGACUCUACAAUUAAGGUGUGGCGUUCGCCACGCAUGGUCCGCUUAGCGCAGAGCGCCGCGCGGCCCCCAAGGCCCCGCAGCCUCCUGCCGGCCUGGCUGAGCCGCAACAAGAACUCUACAUCUGCCAGCAGCAUCAACGGGAAGCCAUGAGUCAGGUUGGAAAACACUUUACAGUGGGAGUGAGUGGUAAGAGGAAAGUGUGAUCUUUUUUUCCUCUAUGGUGUGAAUAUAUAUACACACACUCCAUGUAUAUGAUCAGUGUGGUUACAGUAAGUGGUUUACUUGACGCACAGCAGUGCUCUGAGUGUCUUCAGCUAACAGGAGAUGGAACGAGAUGUGACUCAGGGUCAAACA